AUGUUGACUAACAACCCCCGAUGUUGGAUGCAUGUGAAAGCCAUCUGUAUGAGCUGGCGCUCUUAUACGUGUCGGUUCGAGCUCCGGUCCAGGGGGUAUCUCAUGCGGAGUUUCGAGACGGUAGGCCAAAUUGCCGGGCGACUCUCCGGAGGACAACUUUCUGCCGUUGUAGUACUGCUCUGCACCAGGCUGUGUAUCGGAAUUUUUGAACUUGUGUGUCGGCCGGGGUCGCCGUGCAGCAGCCGCGGACGCAUCCAUCGCCGCUUGAGCAAGUUUUGGUUCAUUAACAGGGAUAUUGGAAGUCCCCUUGGAUGCUGCUAACUCAAAGAACUAGAAGGCAUAGCAAAUGAAAAAAAUUUGAUCAGGAAA